AUGGAUCAUCCAUAUUUAACACAAGAACAAUUAGAUGAAUGGAAAAAUUUAAAAGGAAAUUUUACUACAACACCUAAUUAUAUUGAUCUUAUCGUAGGUAUGUGGACUGCAAUCUCAUGGUACUAUAAACCACAUAUGUGGCGUGAUUAUAAAAUUCCACAGUCAUUUAUUGAAGAUUUUACACGACAUUUUUAUUUUCCAAUGAAUCAAAUUUAUUAUAUUAUUUAUAUAGCAAUAGUCGUUACAAUCUUACGUUAUCUAUUUGAAAAUUAUAUUUGCAAGCCAUUAGUAAAUUGGCUUGCUUUAAAGCCUGUUGAUAAAAAAAAAUGUCCUGAAUCAGCAUGGAAAUGUUUAUUUUAUACAUGUACAUGGUCAUAUUGUGUUUAUUUACUUUCUUAUCGUUAUAAUUAUUUUCAUGAGCCUCAUCUAAUUUGGGAUGAUUGGUCACCUGGUAUGGAUGUUCCAUUUGAUAUACAGAUAAUGUAUUUUGUACAAUGUGGAUUUUAUUUACAUUCCAUUUAUGGUACACUUUAUAUGGAUUAUAAACGUAAAGAUUUUUAUGUUAUGCUUCUUCAUCAUGUAUUAACAAUGACUUUAAUAUUUGUAUCUUAUGCGACUCGUUAUCAUAAAAUUGGUUUACUUGUUCUUUUUGUACAUGAUAUAACCGAUAUUUGGCUUGAAUUAACAAAAGUUUUACAUUAUUUGGGCUCGAGAGAAAAUGGAAAACUUUGGGAACAUGCAGCUUCUGCUUGUUUUAUUAUAUUUACAUUUUGUUGGUUUCUAUUUCGUAUGUAUUGGUAUCCAAUAAAAGUAUUAUAUACAGCUGGAGUUACUCCUGCUUAUCGUGCCUAUGAUAAAGGCGGUGGUUUGUAUGGAUUCUUCAAUGUAUUAUUAUGGACUCUGCUUGGUCUUAAUAUCUAUUGGCUUGUUUUUAUUCUUCAAUUUCUCUUUCGAGUGUGCAUUGGCUCUUUAAGUAAUUUACAUGACGUACGAGAAGAUGAUGACGAUAAUGAUGAAGAUACAAAGUCAAUGUCGUCAACAGUGAAUGAAGCUGUAAGUGAUGUUAUUGACAAGAAAAAGAUAUGA